AUGGCCGGGCCGCGCUUCGAAUGGGAUUGGGUCGGUGGACGCUGCAAGCUUGUUACGGAUUCCGCCCCCGUGAGCUUGCUGCAUGGUGACAUCGCGGUUGCAGAAAGGUACUUUCGCAAGCAGCGGCAGAGGGACGAAGCCGAAGAACAGAGACACAAACUCGAGAAGCAAAGGAUCCGGCUACGCAAAUUCUUGAAGAAGCAUAAUUUUGACCCCGCUGAUGUGAACGCCACUGGGGCGCCAAAGUCCGUGUGCUUCGGCUGGGGACGCUUCUUUGAACGACCAUUGCACCGGGCAGCGAAAAGCAAGAACGAGCCAAUGAUUCUAUUACUUUUGCAGUUUGGUGCAGACCCAAGAAGCAAGGACAGCAAUGGGAGGACUGUCUACAGCUACAUUACUUCGCCCACUCUGCGGUUGCAAAUGCAGAUGUUGCACCAUCGAAUUUGUUCAGACGGUCCGUCGGUUUUGGAGUGA